GAUAAACAGUGGAACAAACGUCACUGUGACGUUUCGCCGCGUCGAAAGCGCCGAUCAUUGUCGAAGCACGCCGUGAACGCGCGCGCGGAAUCUAAAACUAACCUACAUUUCACGAUGUCUUCGAGCGGACUACCUGUCACAAUAGAGUUUGGGGGCGGGGCGGAAUUAUUGUUCGAUAAAAAGAAGAGACACGAGUUGAACCUACCUGGCGAUGGAUGGACUUUGAAACGACUGCUGUUCUGGUUGCGAGAUAACCUCCUGACAGAGCGGCCGGAGCUCUUCAUCCAAGGUGACACAGUGAGGCCGGGCAUUCUGGUUCUGGUAAACGACGCCGACUGGGAAUUGCUGGGUGAAGGCGAUUAUAAAUUGUGUCCGCGGGAUAAAAUACUUUUCAUCUCAACACUGCAUGGAGGAUAAAAGAUCAUCGCACUGAGAAAAUAAAAGUCUUUUUCCAUAAAAUAUCCAUCUAUGAAAAUUUCAAAUAAUAAUUAUGAUAUUAGAUUAUA